UUCUUCAACCCCAAGAGGGACAGCCUGAACCAUCUGCAUAAGGCCCUUACCUUCUCCCUCUUCUUUCUUCUCAAUCUAUAGACUCUUCUGUUCUCACCGGAUUUCACCGUCCCUCACCGAUCAAACCCGACCGGAACAUGGUCUCCGAGAGCAGCACCGCCGCCGCUCAGGCAUGUCCCAUCAAGACGGUGGUCGUUCUGGUCCAGGAGAACCGCUCCUUCGACCACAUGCUCGGCUGGAUGAAGUCCCUCAACCCCGACAUCGACGGCGUCGACGGCACUCAGUCCAACCCUUUGUCCGUCGCCGACUCCAACUCGCUCCGCGUCACCUUCGGCAACUCGGCCGUGUACGUCGACCCCGACCCGGACCACUCCUUCCAGGCCAUCUACGAGCAGGUCUUCGGCGAGCCGUGGGACGACGCCACCUCGCCGUCCAAGAACCUGCUCCCGGCCAUGGAAGGGUUCGCGCAGAACGCGGAGCGGAAGCAGCAGGGGCUGUCCGAGUUCGUCAUGAACGGGUUCAGGCCGGAGGCCGUGCCGGUCUACAAGGAGCUGGCCUCCGAGUUCGCCGUGUGCGACCGGUGGUUCGCGUCGAUCCCGGCGUCGACGCAGCCCAACAGGCUGUACGUGCACGCGGCGACCUCGUGCGGCGCGAUGGGGAACGACACGCAGAAGCUGGUCGAAGGGUACCCGCAGAGGACCGUCUUCGAGUCCAUGCACGAGGCCGGCCACAGCUUCGGGAUCUACUACGCAUACCCUCCAUCUACCCUUUUUUACAGGAACCUUAGAAAACCAAAGUACUUGAAACAUUUCCAUCAGUUCGACCUGCAUUUCAAGAGACAUGCGAAGGAGGGGAAGUUGCCGAACUACACCGUGAUCGAGCAAAGGUACUUCGAGCUGUCUCAUAUCCCCGGUAACGACGACCACCCGUCUCACGACAUCUCCGAGGGGCAGAAGUUCGUGAAGGAGGUGUACGAGGCGUUGAGAUCGAGCCCUCAGUGGAACGAGAUCCUGUUCGUGAUUGUCUACGACGAGCACGGCGGCUUCUACGACCAUGUCCCGACGCCGGUGGAGGGCGUCCCGAGCCCGGAUGGCAUCGUCGGGCCUGCUCCUUACAGCUUCAAUUUCGACCGUCUCGGGGUCCGAGUGCCGGCGAUAUUGGUCUCUCCUUGGAUUGAACCCGGAACAGUGUUGCAUGAGCCUUCAGGGCCGUAUCCCACGUCCCAGUUCGAGCAUUCCUCAAUCCCAGCGACGGUCAAGAAGAUCUUCAAUCUACCGAGUUUCCUAACGAAGCGCGACGAGUGGGCGGGCACCUUCGACGUUGUCCUGAACCUGAACAGGACCAGUCCAAGAACCGAUUGCCCAGUGACUUUGCCAGAUCCGGCGAAGCUGAGAGAAUCAGGGCCAAAAGAGGCAGCACAGCUCAACGACUUUCAGGAACAGCUGGUUCAAUUGGCCGCGACGAUGAACGGGGACCAUAAGAAGGACAUCUAUCCGCACAAGCUGGUGGAGAACAUGACGGUGGUCGAAGCCGCGAAGUACGUCGAAUCAGCUUUCGAAAUGUUCUGUCGCGAAUGCGAAGGAGCCUCCGAGAAUGGCUCGAACGAUGCCGGCGUGGACAGCCAAGCCGAGGAAUCGACUCGGCCGGCAUCCGGAAGUUUUUUCCAGAGGUUGUUUUCUUGUGUGAUUUGUGAUCAUUGACGCUCGUCAUCUAUGCUUUUCUCCAAGUGCUGCGUACAACCUAUUUAUUGUGGUUAAAUAAAUACAAGGUUUUGUCUCAUCAUUGUAUGAAUUCUUUUAAGUUCAUUGAUUUCUAAAUCUACCUAUGCUUAAGAUUAAGAAUAGGUCGUAUUAACAUGUU